AUGCGUUACACAGCCUUCCUCACCGUCGCUGCAUUCUCCAGCAUUGUCCUGGCUUCGUCAGUCAAGCGUGACCCUCAGGAUGAUGUUGCUUCCAUCCUCGCUGCUCUCGCAGCCAACAACCCUGACGAUGCGGCUGCCGCCCAGCAAGCCGUUAAUGGCGCACAGAAGCGUGCCCCCCAGGAUGAUAUCAACAGCAUUCUUGCCGCUCUCGCAGCCAACAACCCGGAUGACGCUGCUGCUGCCCAGCAACUCGCCUCUUCUCCGAUGCACAAGCGCGAGCCUUAUGUCGUUCCUAACUCAAAAGCUGUAGAGCCUCUUUUGGGCAAGCGCCAGGACGACAUUAACAGUAUCCUUGCCGCCCUUGCGGCCAACAACCCCGACGAUGCAGCUGCUGCCCAGCAAGCCGUUAAUGGCGCACAGAAGCGUGCCCCCCAGAAUGAUAUUGCCUCGAUCCUUGCGGCUUUGGCACAGAACAACCCCGAUGACGCAAAGGCGGCGCAGUCGCUUGCCAAGCGAUGGAUUGCGUAA